AUGAAGCCCAGUGUCUGGAAUAUAAAGGAGAUGUUGAGCAUCCCCUCAACUUCUGGAGGAAUGAAAGCUAGUAAGGGUCUGGGAACCAGCGACUACUCCAGCUUGUCUGACUCUCAGUUAUUGCUGGGAUCCCAAAUGUGGCCUGACAACUCACAAGGGUUUUCUCUGGAGAUGAGUGGACAGAGCAAAGGUUCACAACAUACUUCACAGGAGAUGAAGGAAAUGACUGUCUCCAGUAGUUACAGUUCUAAGCCAUUUUUGUUUGGCAGUGAUGGGAAAUUCCCAAGCUUCACCAGUGGCAAAUCUGUUGGCGUCUUAGACAGAUUUGAGGAGGAGAAGAGAAAAGCCAAAGAAAAAUAUGAAAGGGAAAUUCUUACUAAUGGAAUUCUAAAACUGCAGGAAUCUCUGGAAAAUACCAGAGAGACGUUAUUAAACCACUUUGAUGGAGGUAAUGACAUUACCAGGAAUAUUUUGGUAGAGAGAAUGGAUCAUUUUUCUAAAACAAUUGAAGGUUAUUUAAACAGUGUGAAAAUGUGUAUAACAUGUCAGUUUGAGACUCUGCAGAACCAAACACAAACAGAAUUAACAGACAGGGAAGCCAAGAGUGCUCUGGCUGCAAAAGAAUUGAGCUCAAAUAUGCUUAACCUCCAGCGAGAUCUGGAAGCCCUGAAGGCAGAGCAAAGCAAAGAGCAGGGCAUGCUGGGAAAAAUUCUGUCUCAGCUCUGCACUUUGAUUUCUAUUCAUAAGCCGACAACAGGGCCUGGCUCUGCCAGGAUGAUUGACAGUGAGGUUCAGACAUCACCCAGACUGUUUGAGAGGUUCUGUGUAAUGUCGGCUGAAAAAACAUGACGAGAAAAGAUGAUAUAUAACAGGCCUGUCAUUUAUUCAGGAAAAGCUGUAGAACAGAACCAAUGUCCUCUUACAACAGAAAAGACACAAAACAGAAAUGCACAUGCUCUGCCUGUAUCAAUGCAGCAGACACAUGUCACCGAAGAGGUUUCCCUUGAUGCUUCACAGGAAUUUUGGUGCAAAAAGUUAGUUGAGAGCAGACCUUCAAACCCACUUGUGGAUGCUCAGUCCACUUCAUCCACAGAGGACCACAGAAGACAGUUUGUAGAUAGACCCCUAGAGCCUGAAAAACCAAUGUUUGUGAGAGAGAAUAGAUUGGGCACUAAUGCCAUGCCACGACUUAAAGAACCUAAGAGGCGCCAAAAAGCACUGAACUACCGGGGGAAAAGGAGAGCCUUGGUUCUGCCACAAAGACAAGCAGUGAGAAAAAAAGGAGCAACAAAGUUCUCAGGAAACAGCCAAAGUGAAGACCUUCAGUGUGGAAAAAAAGACAGAGUACCCUUGUCUUCUCUUGACAACUGGAAAUUUGCCAAAACAUUUGUUGAAGAGGAUCAUCCAAGACUACAGAAGCAAGCCCCAGUUGCACCAGUCAGUAGGUGUGUAGCUGAACAUGCAUUAAAUCCCUUAAAUUUGUGGUCUGAGGACACAGACAGCUCCCAAAUGAUGGUGGAAUACAAGAUGGCUGAAUGGGAAAAUGUUGCGCCUGAACCUAAAGCUUGUGUCACAGAAAGUGAAGGAGGCCUCUGGCAGCUCUUUGACUUUACCAAUGACUCAGAGUAAGCUGGAGAAUACUUAAUUUUUUAGUAGGUUAGAACUUCAGACUGCCUUUGAACAAGUGAAACGUAUUCUUUAACCACUUUUCUAUCUAUGGAUGUUACCUUCUGUUUUUGUG